AUGAGUAUUCCCCGGAUUACCGCUUUAUGGGCAUCCCAUCUGACCGCAAUUGAGAUAAGCUUUGGUGCAGCACUGGCUGAUCUAAGUGAUAAAAUAAAUUUUCCUUCGUUUCUGCGUACCAUCAUAAGUGACAAAGUACAGCCUCAAUAUCUAAAUAUGCUGAUGAUGAAUUAUAACUGGACGUGGAUAGGGAUUUUGGCUUCUGAUAAUGAUUUUGGUCUCUAUAGCAGUGAGCUCAUGAGAAAAGAUAUUGAGGCAGCCGGAAUUUGUGUGGCAUAUUUUAUGCGGAUAUCUGCCCAACACACCAGAGACCAGACACUUUCUAUUCUGCAAGUCAUCAGAAAAUCGUCAGCCAAAGUUGUACUGUUUUAUUGUUCCAUGCCAGAACUAAUCCCUUUCUUUAAAGUUGCAGCUGAAGAAAACAUAACAGGCAAGAUCUGGAUUGCCAGUGGCAGUUGGAUGACCUCUCCUAUUUUUUCAUAUGAAGAAUUUUGGAAAAUAUUGAAUGGUACAGUCGGAUUAACACUGCCUUUCUCAACUAUUCCCAAAUUUGGAAAGUUCCUUAAUAAUAUUCAGCCAUCUUUGUACCCAAAGGAUAUUUUCAUGAAAUCAUUUUGGGAAGUGGGUUUUGGUUGUUUGUGGCACAAAGAAAGUGAGAACGAAACAGAGACACUAGUCCGAGCAACAGUAAACUAUUGUACUGAACUUGAAAGUCUUACAACUUUAGAAUCUAUAGGGUAUAAGGAAGACACAUCAGGCUAUGCUAUUCUUCUUUACAAUGCAGUGUAUUCAUUGGCUCAUGGCAUCAAUAACAUGAUUUCCUGCACAUCAGGACAACAGUGUUUAAACAUAAAUGGACUAGAUCCAUGGAAGAUUUUGCACUAUGUAAAGCAUGUGAAGGUAAAGAAUACUGCUGGCCAGGAGUUGGCCUUUGAUGAGAACGGGGACUUGAUAUCUUACCUUGAGUUUGUGAAUUGGCAAGCUCUUCCCAAUGGAGAAACCAAAUAUAUCAGUUUUGCAACUUUAAAAGAAUUUCCUUGGCGUCACAUUGUUAUCAGUGACAGUGCUGUUAUAUGGAGUGGAGGUUUUGUAAAGGCACCAACAUCUACAUGCAGUAUCAGUUGCCCUCCAUACAGAAAGGCCCCACAGAAGGGACAGCCUGUCUGCUGUUUUGACUGUAUCUUAUGCUCUGAAGAUGAGUUUAGCAAUGAAACAGACUCAACAAGCUGUAUGAAUUGCCCUGAAGACAUGUGGGCAAAUGAAAAGCAUACAGGUUGCCUAAAGAGGACACUGGAGUUUUUGUCAUUCGAAGAGACUUUAGGGGACACACUGGCUGCUUUCUCAAUUCUGGGAUCUCUCCUUCCUCUUGGCAUCCUGGCAAUUUUCUUUAAAAACUCUGAUACACCAGUUGUUAAAGCAAAUAACCAGAAUCUCAGUUACAUCCUUUUAGUUUCCCUGUUUUUCUGCUAUCUCUGUGCCUUAAUGUUUAUUGGUCGUCCUGUUACUAUAACUUGUGUGCUCAGGCAGUUUAUAUUUGGGAUCAGUUUUGUCAUGUGCAUUUCGUGUAUCUUGGGAAAGACAAUGAUGGUGGUGAUCGCCUUCAACCUCACCCAGCCAAAGAGCAACAGGAGAAUGUGGUUGAAUUCUGGAGUAACUAACACCCUGGUGCUUGUGUGCACAGCUAUACAAGUGAUUAUAUGUGCUGGGUGGCUUGCACACUCUCCUCCUUUUAAAUACCAAGACAAUAAAUCUAAAAUGGGCACCAUUAUUGUGGAAUGCAACAAAGGAUCGCCUAUUGCUUAUUCGUGCACAAUGGGAUAUAUGGGUUUUUUAGCUGCUUUAUGUUUUGCCAUAGCUUAUUUGGCAAGAAAGUUGCCAGGCAGUUUCAAUGAGGCCAAACUGAUCACCUUUAGUAUGUUGAUAUUUGGAGCUGUUUGGAUCUCCUUCAUCCCAGCCUACCUCAGCACCACAGGGAAGUACAUGGUGGCAGUGGAAGUGUUUGCUAUUUUAUCAUCAAGCAGUGGAUUAGUGGCAUGUAUAUUUUUACCAAAGGUCUACAUUAUUAUUCUGAGACCAGAGAUGAACCGGAAAGAUAAAAGAAUAUUUACAACAAAAGACAUUGAUAAGUAA